AUGAAGAUCCAGGCAAAGUCGUCGCGGAGGACAAUACCUCCACAUCCAGAUGUCGUCAGGCUCGUUCAAGACUUGCAAAGCGUUCCAAAGACGGAGCUCGCGGCAUUCAUUCGCGCUAUAUCUCAAUGGAGCUGGCCUAGAUCAGAGCUUCAUGUUUGGUUUGGCGUCCUAGAUCGCUUCGAUGAAAUAAUGGCCACCCUCAUCACCGAGUACGACGCGGCGAAUCUGCAGCUCCGGCCAUUCUCCCAAGACGACAAGGAACUCUUGUUCCAAAUACUGAGAUUUGAACGCAUGUUGCUUGACAACUCGACAAACCGCAAGCUCUUUAAUUCGUACGACAAUGCUUCUCAGCGACUCAGUGUACUCGUCAUGUCUCCCGACGUGGACAUUGCAAUCGAGGCUCUGAGCCUCAUUUUACGGCCAGCCCAUCAAUACACUCUUCAACUGAGCCUACAUACCGUCCUACGAGUCAAUCACACACACUUGGAGACCUUGGCCCAAUCUUGGCCUGUUACGAGAGAACAUGGCGUCAAUUACGUCAAGCUUGUGUCCUCUCAGAGCGAACCCGCACUCCCUGCGGAAGCGUCCGACCUCCAAUUUCAGUGGUACCCGCCCAAAGUACCAGGUAGUGAAGUUGGACCGUACACUGUGCAUCUCAAGUCUCUCGCGUCUGAUCCUCGAGACGUGGUCACCAUCACUCAGGACGCCAUCAAUGGACGUCCCAUCGGCGUCAACGAACGCUUCGAACUCUUGUGCAAAAUACGCAUGGCAAAGUCUCUCGGAACAGGAAACUGGGCAAUGCGUUCAAAACUGAUAAUGUUGCGCAUGCUGGCCAUUGCUGUCUACUGCCAUACGCAUACAGACACGACGGGCCAGAAUGCAAAACUAUUGCUAGAGCCCGACAUUGUCUCAUCUGUCGCACCUCUCCUCGCAACAGACAAAGGGAUCGACGAACUACUCCAAGCCGCCGCUGUGCAUGCGCUCGAUGCGCUGUGUCAUCAUCGUUUUAGAUCAGGAGAGGUACUGACCGCAGUGAACGCCAGUGUAGCUCACGGUCUCCUUAUGUCUCUUUUCCGCAAAACGGUGGCUAAGUUGGAAGAGGCCGAGGCCGAGUCGGUCUAUCCGUUAUUCGAGGCGCUGCAAAUCUUCCUCGAUUUUCUCACCACACACGAGGUCUCAUACAACAUGGUUAUCAGUGCCGGGCUGAUUGAUCAUUUGAGGAAGGUCGUCUCGAUCAAACGCUCGUCCUAUGCGGUCAUAGUCGCCAAAACCAUUCCACUUCUCGAAAAUGCACUAUAUGGACCUCCUCAAGGGCCAUCUAGCGCAAACCAGCGAAACAACAAUCCGUUCACCGUCUUCCUAAACGAUGGGGGGAUUCAAUUCCUUCUCGAGAGAAUUAAGGCAUACAUUGUAGAAUACUCGCACUUGCAGACCAGCGAUGGCCCUCCGCUCGGAUACGGUCGUGUCCCGACGCCAAGAAUCAACGUGUUGAAGCAUCUCUUACGCACUAUCCAACGGAUGCUACAGUCUACCGGAUCGGCAGAAGUUCUCCGCCUUCUGCCUGAAAACGACUCUGCUUUCAUCCCGUCUUUGAAGAGCAUCCUCGACAACCGCAAUCUGUUUGGCUCUACCAUUUUGGCUGCAGCCACCAUUGUUAUUGCUACAUGGGUACAUAAUGACCCCAGUGCACUCACAAUCAUUCAAGAAAGCGGACUCCCCGAGUCCUUUUACUCCAUGGUUGAACAUGGUUUGGAGCCAAUGAUCGAGGUUGUCCACGGAGUGCUCAACGCUAUGGGGGCUCUCUCACUGAACCAAGCUGGACAGACGCUCCUAGAGGCGCGCUCUAAAGUCAUCAGCACGGUAUUCGGAAUCUUUACGUCAGAUGCGCACGCGUCUUCGUUGCAAGAGAAGUCAAAUGCGUCCCUGAUCGGUGGAGACGUAGACGAACUUGUCCGUCAUCACCCUUGGUUGAAGCCAAUUAUUUUCAAGGGUGUCAUUGAAACACUAGAUGCGAUUGAACAAGUUGCCAAGACAUAUACUCCGAGAGAAGAAGUAGAGGGCUACUUCAAUCUUCUAGCGGUAAAUGAGGUCAAGAUGGACGCGGAACCUAUCAGCACAUCCGGGGAAACCUCUACGCUAAACUCCCAAUCCGGCGUGGACGUUCCAGCAUCAGCCGCUACAAGCUCUCCAAGUACAUUUGAACUGAGCGAGAUGCUCGCGUAUCAGUACCUGAGCAAUUUCUCCAAGUUCCUUGUCGGGUUCUUCAGCCACGCCCAACAUUGUCGCGACAUCCUUUCCGAAACGUCGAUCCUGACACGUCUUGACAGUAUUCUCGCGCUCCCGUCAUGGCCAAUUGACUUUGUAUUGGCACGAAAUUUGGAUGCGGUUCUUCUCGUCAAUCGCCGUCUUAUGGACGCCUCCCCUGCGGUUGUCCUCACACAUCGCGUGGGAGUUGUCAAAAAACACCUGGAGUCGACAUAUGCGCAAGAUUUUCUGCGGUCGCGUGGCGCGAGUAACACGCUUGUGAAUUACGUCAAUGUGACGGACGAGAACUUGGCACAAGCUCGAAGUUUCUUCACAAACAUCCGACGGCUUCUCCUUGAUAUGACCUUGCUCAACGACGUAUAUUCACAAUCUUCUUCACAUUCGAUUCAUCAACCAUUCAGACGCGAGCCCAUCAACAUGCUCGAGCCUCUCGUAGAGGAUCCGACCCUAUUGAUGCAGAUCGGCCGUCUUUCACAAGCAUCAGCCUGGGAGAUUCUCCACCUCAAAGCUCAAAAGACCGAGGUAGAAGCAACUGCAACUUCUGGGUCAGUAGAUCAGCCAUCUUCGUCGGCACAGCCCACAGAACAAUCGAUUGAUCCACCAGUCGAUGUCGGUGCAUCCGUCCCGGAACUGCUGGAUGAACAAAGGACAGGGCGAGAUGUUCCAGCAGCCAAGGAUAAGAAUUUGACGGUGGAACAACGCAAUCAAGCCAGCAUCAAAACUGUACUACAUGCAUUCUCGAAUAUCACCCAGACGCUUUUUUCUGGAUUCGCAAAGGCAUUGACUAUGCCAAGGCGCUUGCCAUCCACCGAAGCGAGCAAAUUCAAAAAGGACUCCAAAGAGGUUGCGAGGCUUCUAGCAGAGGCCUUGGUUGAGGGACUCCGCUCCUACAAUGCCUCGGAUGAUCCCGUCGUCGUCAUUGGGUUCUGUGCCCUGGCUAUCUCGAUCACGAGUUGCAUUGGCCCGGAAAAUCGGCAUGGCCAAAAUAUUCAAACAGGCUUGUUCUUGGAGUUUGAAAAGUGUGGUGGAAUUGAGGCAGUGAUUCAAAUUUGCACUUUCUGUGCGGAUUUAAUCGAUCGUGUCUUUGUCAUGAAGGAUGAAGACAGGCCGAGCCGUGAUAAAGAGGCGUUGAAUAUCGCACACUACUUCCUUCGCCAACCCAUGAUCUGGUUCUACCACCUGGUCUCCGGAAAGCCACUGGCGGAAUCACCCCAGACUCUGGAAAUACUUCGGUUCAAGACCUACGAAGGCUUCGACCCCUCUGAUACGCUGGUUCAACUGCGGCUGACCCUCCUACCUCUCUUUCGACGAUUUUGGGAGGCUGAAUGGCUUCGCGAAACGUCAGAAAGCGUCAGAAAGUCUGUAAUUUUUGGUCUCCUUGCAAUUCUCAAAGGAGAGUAUGAGGACUCCGGUCGACUAGCCUCUGCUAGCUUCUCCAUGCCCGGACAUCCAAUCCCAAUGCCACGACGCAUGCCAGUGGUACCCUCGCCUGCAAUGAUCCAGCAACUCACCGACAUGGGCUUCCCGGAGGCCGCAGCUCGCAAUGCCCUUAUGCGUGCGCGUGGGGACCUCAGUAUGGCCACCGAGCUGCUAUUGACAAAUGCUCAUUUCUUCGAUAACGAGGGUGAUGCCCCGGCGUCAAAUGGGAAUGAUACACCAGCGGCUGAAAAUGCCAACCCUCCUACGACCGCUGCGGAACCCAACUCGACAAAUGAGCCCGCUGUCGUAGCAUCUGAAGCAAACGCUCCGAGCACAGAGACCACCCCCGCGGCAGACCAGGCUUCGACUGACCCCACUCCAGAAGAACCCAAACGCGACUUCGUCAAGGAACUUGCAGAGGCUAGGGAACAGCUCAAAGAGACUAUUGUUCCCACUGCUCUACGCCUCGCAGACGCAAAUCCGGCUUUCAUUGACGACAUCCAGGACAUAUUUUUUGGCUCAGCUAUGAACGGGAAUGCGAAGUACUUGGCUGAAGAUAUCAAGAAAUACGCCAACGGAACUGGAGAAGUCCCAGAGGUUCCCCUCCAGGUUCGCUGCCGGAUUCUCUCUAUGGCAUAUUUCAAAGUAGGGGAAAAGAGUCUGGGUCUGUCGAAGGAAGACUCAGAGGAGUUGUUAAAGAGUCUUCUGGCCCUGCUGUUGUCAACACCGAUCCCAAGUGCCGCUCCAGAACACAAGGUACCAAAGUGGCUGGCGAGUCACUUGUGGCUUUCGAAGCGUAUCCUUUGCACGGCAGAGACCAUUGCACCGAUCUCAAUCCCCAAGGACGACGAGCCUAUCGUGAACACGGAUCUAUUUGUUGGACCGUCGUUUACCAGCCAGCGCAAAGUCCUUUUCGACUUUUGUAUGCGACUCCUCCGCGUAUCGGACCUCCAGAGAGAGGAUCUGCUCUCUCUUUUUCAUAUGUUAGCUUUUCUCACGCGUGAUCACGACCUCGCUUUGCAAUUUAUCAAGCAGAGCGGACUCUCGCAACUUCUCCAGUACUUCAAGGCUAACAAGCAGCAAGAGGACGUCAGCACUGCGUCUGUGUUCAUAUUCCGGCAUCUGAUGGAGGACAAGAAUACUGUCGAAAAGUUUAUGAGGAACGACCUGAGACGUUGGACAACCUCAGCGCGUAGCCGAUCUGGUGAAAGUGUCUCGACGCAUCUCAAGUACCAUAAUUAUUCUGCAUUCCGCGAUCCACAACUGUUCCUCAAGGUUUCCAAUGAGCUCUGUGAGCUCGCCGAGCCGCUUCACAUUGGUGGUGGGUAUCGCAUAAGAUCCAAAGCCGAGGACACCUCGGACUCCCAGCCUGCCCAAUCGCAAACGGAAGCCGAAAAACAAACCAUCUCCGAGGGUCCUUUUGGUAUCACACCCGAGGAUGCCAUAGCAGAGGUGGCUGUCGCUGUGAUCAAUCAACUUACAACCGACUUCAUUGCCCAACAUAAACAAGCUGCCGAGCAGCCGCCCGCGACAUCAUCCACCAUCCACUCCUUGUUGAGCGCGAAUGUCCUGCCACCUUCUGCAGGUACUUCUGGUGUCAACACGCCUGUUGCUCAGCCUGAGCCGCGGCCAGUAAUCCCUCCGGAAAGCUCCAGCACUAGCACGAAGGAGGUGGAAUACACACGGUUCAUCCAAGGCAUUCUUUGUGAGCUCUUGCUCUGCUUCGAGCCUUGCAAAAUCGCUUUCCUCGCCUUUCCAAAGCGACGCUUGCCGAACCUCUCGAAGGAUGGGGCCAAGCACAAGCCCCUCGCUCUCAACUUUGUUCUACAAGAGAUUAUAUCGGCCAAGGCUGACACAAGUGAUUCAUCGAGAAAGCGGUCGAAGCUUAGCCCCUACCAGUCACUUGUGGUGGCACUGUGUUCCGAUGCAAAUCCAGUAGUAGACGCCAAGGAUGUCACCACGGGUAUACAAACGGUCCGAAAGCUCGUCUUGGAUACCAUUCUCAAGACCCUCAAAGAGCCAAUCUCUUCAACGGAGACAUCCGAUCAGCGAUAUACUCGGUAUAUUGCGCUGGGUGACCUUUGUCAGAAGGUUCUCACCGUUAAUCUGCACACGGGUUCUCAAAAGAAUCACGAGGACUCCUUGACGCAGAUUGCCGAGCUGAUGCUUGAGAAGAAUUAUGUCGCCGCCUUUUCGUCUAUCCUCUCCGAAGUCGAUCUGGCACAUCCCAUGUCGUCCGUAGUGACAUCGUCCAUUCUAGCCCCGCUCGAGACGUUAACGAAGGCAUCGAUUAGAAUCGGACGAUCCGGAGAGCCAGUUGGCGAUUCAGUGCCUUUUGAUAUCACUCAAGCACCCGAAUUCUCUACCGAGAGUGAAGAGGAGAGCGAUCUUUUGGACUCUGAGGAGACUCCAGACCCUUACAGCACCUCUGCACUUGGAAUGUACGGGGGUGAAACGGAUGGGGCAUUUGCCGAUGUGGAGGAGCCCAUGGAGGAAGAAGAAGAAGACGAUGUGGAGAUGGACUAUGCAGAGGACGAAUAUGAUACCGAAGAGAGUCAAGAAGAUGCUGAUGUCGAUGAAGGUGCUGAGAUGGAAUCUCCUGAAGACGCAGAUCCCAACGACGAAGAUACAGAUCUGGAAGACGACGAGGAGAUGAGCAUGCGAGAGGAUGAAGAGCAUGGCGAGGAAGAUCUCGAAGAUCACGAUGAGGACGAUGAAGGAAGUAGCCUCUCAGAUGAAGACGAUCCCGAGUCACGUCUUGAAGAGCGCGAAAUUCAAGCCCGUGAAGCAGGCGACGAGGAGGCAGUUCUGUUGCAACCCGGUGACGAAGAAGACGAUCUAGAUGGGCUGGAUCCUACUUUGGACGAUCCCCUUGCAGACUUUGCGUAUGAACUGAACGAUAGGGAAUUAGUAGAAGCCCCGGUCUACGUACAUCCACCUCAACCGAUGGGAGAGUUAUUGGAGCCUCCUGGGGAUCGUCGAUUUCCCGAUAUCAGUGUUCUCCUCGAUGGUCCCAGCCAGAUACCACCAGGUUUCCCAGCGAUUGAUAUCACGAGUGCAUUCGACAUUCACCCUGAUGAGUUUGCUCGCCUGGGACAUCGCAGAGCCUAUCGCAGACCUCAAAUAGUCCGCACAAGCAUGCUUCAGGAAAUGUUGGGAGCUCCGACCGCCCAGAUGAUCCAUGACAUGGCUCGCGCAUCAAAUGGGGAACUUCAGCUGGCACUAUCUGGCCCAGCAGCGCAACUUCUCCUUCACGGUGCAGGCUUGGAUGGCUCCCAAUUCAGACAACGGAUGAUGUCGCGGUACAUGACCAUCCGACCUGGACACUUGCCAGGCGGUCAAGUCGGACUGCCCGGAGCGAUGCCUACAACUCAACGCUGGGCCGAGGAAGCGAGGGAAAAUGCUGGAGCUAGCUACGAGAACCGGCUCGUCGAGCUGGCAAACCAUCUAGUGGUUACAUUGCUGCCAGCUAGUCGUGAGGCGGCCAAGCUACGCGCAGAAGAGGCGAUGAGGAAGCUCAAGGAGGCUGAGGAAAAGGAAAAGGAAGAGACACGCCUUCGCCAACAGGAAGAGGAAGCAGAGCGUGCAGAAGCAGAACGUCGUCGUCAACAGGAGGAGGAAGCAGCGCAUGCAAUGACGGUUGAAACGCCUGAAACUGCACCUGGUGACGCGACACAGAAUGCUCAAGCGACUACAAUGGACGCUAUUGAACCAGAGUCAGUCUCGAUGGAAGCAUCCACCUCGAACGCCGAAGCGAGCACGAGUAACAAUCCACCUCGUGUAACUGUAAUGUACCGAGGAGAGGAGAUUGACAUCACCGACGCCGAUAUCGAUCCCGAAUUCCUCAAUGCUGUCCCCGAGGACAUUCGGGACGAGAUCCUCGGCAACUUUGUUCGGGAGCGGCAAAGAGAAUCAAGACCGACCAGGAUUCCAGAGGCAGAGAUGGAUAUGGAGUUCCUAAAUGCACUCCCCGCCGAGAUCCGAGACGAUGUGUUGCGCAACCAGGCGAUUGCACAGAUUGCCAACGCCGUGGAUAUGGACCCUGCUUCUGUACUUGCUACACUGCCAGAGGAGCUUCGUCAAACUGUUCUUUUGGAGCAAGAUGAUGCCAUCCUCGAGAGUAUGCCGUCCGCCGUCCUUGCAGAAGCAAAUGCUUUGCGGCACCAGAUAGGUCGCCGAUCAGCACCUUCUUCCUCCCUUUUCGUCCCUGGCAUACCACCACCCACCCAGCAACCUCCGCGCAAGCCCCAAUACCGGGAAGUGGCCCAACUUCUGGAGAAGCCGGGUUUACUCAACCUUGUAAAGCUCCUGUUCUUUGUGGACCAAACCCGUCGCACCUCCUUACAGCAGGUUAUUGUCAACCUCUCCCAAAACGGUCGCUCGAGGACGGAUCUCUUCAAGAUACUAUUAUCCCUCCUUCACACGGGAAAAAGCGAAUCGACGAAUGUCGACAAAGGUCUUGCGCAACCCUCGGUGCGGCCGGCUAAGCCCACUGCAAAAGGGAAGCAGAAGGAGGACCAAUUGCUGCAGGUCAAUGGGGUUCGGGCUCCGGAAGAGCAGGUGGUUGUCCAAAGAACGCUGGACACCUUGAUGUCCGUCGUGCUCGCGAACGAGAUGGCUCCCUUGUUCUUCUUGACGGAGCAGGACGCUUCAUCAGAGCUUCACAGAGCCCAUUCAAAGAAAGGAAAAGGCAAAGAGAAGCAAAUACCGGGAGCUCACUAUCCAUUUGUGCAACUCCUCGCCCUCUUGGAGCGACACAACCUCCUGCAGCAAGCGCAUUCCUUAGAUACCAUCUCUGGGCUGCUUUCUACCAUCACAAAGCCUCUUACGGCCCUUCGAGAAAAGGAUGAGAAAUCUCUCGAGGAGGUUGUUCCCAAGGUCGCGGAACCUGUCCCACCAUCAGCGCAAGCACGAGCUGUUCAAGAGAUCCCUGUCGUUGAGCCUGCACCCGUAGUUCCGGAGACUGCACAAUCCUCGUCAGGACAGCCAAAAGAAUCUUCAGAGGACGAAGUGGCACCCAAGUCCAGGGAAGAAAUCAUACGAGCGAACCCACCCAACCUGCCAGACUCGGCUCUGCGAUUGGUAGUCAAUCUUCUAACGUUCGGAGAAUGUUCGUCGCGCUGCUUCCAGAACACACAGGCUCUCAUAUUCAAUCUUUCGUCUCUUCCGAGUGCUCGAGAUGUCAUCAUUGACGAGCUCAAGACGAAAGCAGAGGAGUUUGGCAGGAUGAUUCAUAUCGAGCUGGAGGCUCUCCUUCGCUCGGUAAAUGGCCUACGUCGAGGAGAAGACUUGCCGAGCUCUAUCACCACCAAAUUCUCCUUGCCGACGUCCAAUCAAGCUCGCUUGCUCAGGAUACUCAAGAUUCUGGAGAACAUCUACAUGCCCGUGCUGCCUGGUCGCUCUAGCGCACAGGUGGAUACCUCUGGUGAGGACGAGAGAAUAAUAGCCCUCUUUGAGAGGCUGCAUUUUGCUCCACUCUGGAAGAAACUCAGUGAUUGCCUCAAGUCGGUCGAAGACCGUCCAGACGCUACUCAUGUCGCGACAUUUUUACUACCGCUGAUGGAAUCACUGAUGGUAGUCUGCAAGUCUACUGCUUCACAAGCGCACUCGACAACUGCCAAGGCCAUGAGAGCGUCAAUGUCCCCACGCUCGCCGACCUUGGAUCGUGAAUCGUCGGGGGACGUAUUCGUCGCGUUCACGGACAAGCAUCGAAAGGUCCUGAAUCUGAUGGUGCGCAACAAGCCCUCCCUGAUGUUUGGAUCAUUCUCCCUACUCGUACACAAUCCCCGCGUUCUCGACUUUGACAACAAGCGCAACUAUUUCACGCACAAGCUUCGACACCGGAGUCGCGCAGAGAGAGAGCGAGAGACCUACCCUACCAUUCCAAUUAAUGUCCGACGUGCCAAGGUCUUUGAGGAUAGCUUCCAAGCUAUUUCUCGACUGAGCGACAAAGACCUCAAGUACGGCAAACUGAACGUUCGCUUCAGUAACGAGGAGGGCGUCGACGCGGGAGGUGUCACUCGAGAAUGGUUCCGCAUCCUCGCGCGAGAAAUCUUCAAUCCUAACUACGCCUUGUUCUCGCCGUGUGGCGCGGAUCGUUUGACCUACCAGCCCAACCCCGCAUCCUGGAUCAAUCCCGAUCAUCUACGGUACUUUAAAUUUGUCGGGAGAAUAUUGGGAAAAGCAAUCUACGAUCAACGAUUGCUGGAUGGACACUUUGCGCGAUCGGUCUAUCGACAACUUCUCGGGAAACCUGUCAAUUACCGCGACUUGGAAUGGUCUGAUCCAUCCUACUAUAGUGGGUUGCGCUGGAUGCUCGACAAUUCUGUCGAGGCGAUGGAUCUUACGUUUAGUGAGCAGAGCGAACAGCUUGGAGAAAUGGUCGUCGUCGAUCUGAAGCCCAAUGGCCGGAACAUUGCCGUCACUGACGAGAACAAGGACGAAUACAUCCAACUCAUCGCCGAAUAUCGGUUAACUACGUCAAUCAAAGAUCAACUGCAAGCCUUCCUAGAAGGAUUCUACGAAAUUGUUCCCAAAGAACACAUUUCAGUGUUUGACGAAAAGGAGCUCGAACUGCUCAUAUCUGGGACUCCUGAUAUCGAAGUCGAGGAUUGGAGGUCGGCCACCGAGUAUCAUGGCUACUCUGCCUCGGAUGCGGUCAUCCUUUGGUGGUGGCGAGCCCUCAAGUCUUUCUCGCGGGCAGAUCGUGCAAAGGUCCUCAGUUUUGCCACUGGAACCGCAAAGGUUCCUCUUGGCGGCUUUGCAGAGCUUCAGGGUGUCGACGGCAUUCAACGUUUCUCCAUCCACAAGGAUUACGGUGCCAUGGAUAGGCUACCACAGGCUCAUACCUGCUUUAAUCAGAUCGAUCUGCCACAAUAUUCCUCGUACGAAAAGCUUCGCCAGCAGCUGCUUCUGGCCAUUAAUGAAGGUGGAGAGGGUUUCGGCUUUGCAUGA